AUGGAUUUCAGUAAAAAGUCUAUGAUGAAUUCAACGCCGAUUUCCAUCAGUGGCGAUAAUACUAUUGGAGCUAUGAGAUAUUUAUCAGCAACACAAAUAAGUUCCAGACCAGAAUUUCUCCAAGAGGAUACAACUGACGAUAUUAUUAAUAAACUCAAACUUCUACUAAAUGCUAUCCAUGAAGUAUCAGCGGAAAAUAAAGUCCUUGAGAGGGACACUAAUAAGAUUUUAAGUGCAAUAGAUUUGGAGCCACAAUCAAUGUCUCGAGAAGUAAAUACAGGGUUGAAUAAAAUAACAGCGAUUUUGAGGAAAGAAAAUUUAACUGAAAUUGACGAAAAUAAAUUAUUAAUAAAUAUGGAACGUAGAAAGUUAGAUGAAUUAAAAAAAUCACGGGAGGAUAAAGAUUUGAAAAAAAAAUAUGAGGACUUGUGUAAUAAAUACGCCAAUAUUCAGGAUAAAUUUCAUUAUGUACAAGAAAAUGUUAAUUCUUUAAAUGAAUUUAUUGUUGCAAAAAGUAAAGACAGCGACAAUGAUUAUGCAAGUAUAGUUCAUAAAUCAGCAAAAUUGAACGAUUACAAUAAAGCAUUAAGUGACAAGGAACAGGAACUAGCACUCAUGGACAUACCUCAUGAUUAUCAGAACAAAAUAUUAGAAAAACAUAAAGAGUACAUGCAGUCAGCUGGGGAAUUAGCUACGAUUAAUAAAUCAUUAAGUCAGUACGGUGAUUUACCACCUGACAUUUUACAAGCACGAGCUGUUGUCGAACAAUGUGAUGCUAAAGCUUGUUCGGAAAUUGGUAAAUUUACAGGUUCAGAUAAUGAGAAAAAGUCAAUACCGCUUUUACUGCUGACUUUUGUAUCCUCUUCAUCUGAAGAGUCUGAAGCAUAUGUGAUGGCAUCAAGGGCCUUUGAAGUUUUAGUUUCUUCAACCUGUUUAUUGACUUGGAUUCAAAAUUGUUUAAUUAAUUAA